CUCGCUCUGUCUGCCUAUAUAAGCCGCCACAAUUCCUGUUAUAGUUGGUUCACAACGCUGAAGUAAAAAAUAAAAACAACUGUUUCGCAUAGGCAUAGGCAUACGCAUAUAUAAUUUAAAAUCGCACCGUACGUUACGUGUGUCCAAAUUAUAUCAAAUGCCUAGGGAAGGGAUGGCCGGUUUGUGUUUACCGGCGGCGGUUUCUUCUCCUUUUUCUUCUUCCUCGUGCAGUGUCCCUUCUCCCUCCAGGUUCGGUUUUUCGCCUUCUCGGCCGAGUUUCUCCGAGUCUGUGAUGGACCGGACGGUCCGCAUGGCCGAGCCCAUCAUCCUCAGGUGGAACCCUGCAGACACCACCACCGGCGCCGCCGUGGCUCGAGUCACCUCUCUGUUCUACGAGAGUCGCCGGGAGGCCAGGGAGUUUGUCAAAACCGUCACCCAUCUGCAGAAGGCGAUGCAGUUUCUGGCCGAGGAGAAUUCUGGAUCCGACAAGCUCGCUCAAGGCCAGAAUCUGAUGCAGAUCGCCAUGAAGCGGCUGCAGAAGGAGUUUUACCAGAUUUUAUCCAUGAACAGAGCCCAUCUGGAUCCGGAGUCCGUCUCUACACGAUCUCGCUCCUCUACUGGAUCGAGCGCGACUUCGGAUUUCGAAGACGACGACGACGACGAUGAAAUCAGAGGCGGCGCAGCGGAUGCGCCGAUCUCGGACGUUUCUUUAGCUCUGGCCAUGGCGGAUUUGAGAAUGAUUGCGGAAUGCAUGAUCUCCACCGGUUAUGCGAAGGAGUGCUUGAAGAUUUACAUAAUCAUCCGGAAAUCGAUCGUUGAUGAAGGAAUCUAUAAGCUGGGAGUGGAGAAGCUCACUUCUUCUCAGAUUCACAAAAUGGAUUGGGAAGCUCUGGAUUUGAGAAUCAACAACUACUGGCUCGGCGCUGUGAGAAAUGCUGUGACCACUCUCUUCAAUGGAGAGAGCAUUCUCUGCCACCACGUCUUCGCCAGUUCCGAUUCCAUUCGAGAAUCGUGCUUUUCCGAAAUUGUUAAAGACGGAGCCAUGCUCCUCUUCGGAUUUCCGGAACUGGUAGCCAAGCACAGCCAAAAGUCGCCGCCGGAGAAGGUCUUCGGCGCCCUCGACAUGUACACCGAAAUCUCCAAUCACUGGCCGGAGAUCGAUUCAAUCUUCAACUACGCCGCAACCGUCCCCAUAAAAUCACAGGCGCUCACCUCGCUAUCCAAGCUCGCUGAGUUCGUUCGGGCAGCAUUAGACGAAUUCGAAGUCACAAUUCUCAAGGAUUCCUCAAAAUCUCCGGUCGCCGGCGCCGGGAUCCAUCCUCUGACUGUGGACGCAAUGAAUUACCUCUCAAUCAUCUCCGAUUACGACAAUCUCUUAGCCGAAAUCCUCGCCGAUUCCCCGCCGCCGUCGAAGAAAUCACUACCGGAAUCAUACUUCGGAUUCUCCGACCCCGGCGAAACUCAGGCACCGGCGGCAAUCUCCAUGAAAAUGGCGUGGCUUGUUAUAGUCCUCCUCUGCAAGCUGGACACCAAGGCCAAGUACUACAAAGAUGUCUCUCUGGCAUACCUUUUCCUCGCCAACAAUCUCCAGUACGUCGUCGCUUCGGUGCAGACCUCAAAUCUGAAAUAUCUCCUCGGUACGGAAUGGCUGGCGAAGCACGAGGCCAAAGUCAAACAGUUCGCGUCAAACUAUGAGCGGCUAGGGUGGAGCCACGUCAUCGAAUCCCUACCGUCAUAUCUUACGGCUACGGAAACCUCCCCCGAAAAAGUCAAGGAAAUGUUCAAGAAAUUUAACACAUUAUUUGACCAGGCGUACAGAAAGCAGUCCCUCUGCGUCGUACCGGAUAAAACACUCCGCGACUACAUUAAGAACUCUAUAGCCAGAAGGAUCAUCCGACUGUAUAAAGAUUUCUACAGCGCGCAUCGCCACACCGUCGCCAACGGACGACACGUGGCAGCAGUGGUCAGAUAUGCCCCCGAGGAUUUGCGCCGCCACCUGUCCGACAUGUUCUUCGGAGAUGAUGACGUGUCCGACAAUUUCUUGGCACCUCGCUCGCCUCUCCGAGGAUCUGUCCACAACGCUUGAGGAGUUGAGAUCCUGUCCCUACAGUAUAUAUGUGCUAGUAGUUCAUCCGUUCUAUGCAACGAAUUUUAUUAAUCCAUACAAUGAACAGUACGCCCUUACGCCAUUAAAAUUAUCUCAUCUGAAUUCGACAAGAAAAUUAAAAAAAAUAAAUAUUUUAUAAAAAAAAUGAUAGAUAGUUGAAAAUAUUUUUAAAAAUUUAAUUAAAAAGUAAAGUAAAUGAAAAAAUAGAAUGUAAUAAAGUUAGUGGUAUUUCUUGUAAAUAAGUGUUGAAUGAAGAGAUAAUAAUUAAAUGUGAGAAUAAAUAUGACGGACCAAGAAAAUAUUUAUUUU